ACAGUUUUCAUUCAUAUCAGAUGUAUGCAAACUUUGGUUUUGGUGGCAAUAUUAUUCAAAAUACUACACAAUUUCCUGAUGUUGAGCAGUAAUUUUGAACACAUCAUUUGAUAGAGAAGAAACUGAAGUAACAAGAAUAAUUAUAUGCAGCUCCCAAUAUGAGUGCAGUCUGUGGUGUGGAUAACUAACUGGCCUCUUGAAGACAGCAAAAGUGGACAGCACUUGGUUUAUAUCUGCAACAGGAAGCAAGAGUGGAAAGCUCUGAUCUACCAUUAUUUAACACUGCCCACAUGUCGACGAUAUCAACGAACGCCCCCUCGUCGGCGGACGCCUGCCUCAGCAUCGUGCACAGCCUGAUGUGCCACCGGCAGGGGGGCGAGAGCGAGGGCUUCGCCAAGCGGGCCAUCGAGUCGCUGGUGAAGAAGCUGAAGGAGAAGCGCGACGAGCUGGACUCGCUGAUCACGGCGAUCACCACUAGCGGCGCGCAUCCGAGCAAAUGCGUCACCAUUCAGCGCACGCUGGACGGCCGGCUGCAGGUGGCUGGACGGAAAGGUUUCCCGCACGUGAUCUACGCUCGGAUCUGGCGCUGGCCCGACCUGCACAAGAACGAGCUCAAGCACGUCAAGUACUGCCAGUUCGCGUUCGACCUGAAAUGCGACUCGGUGUGUGUCAACCCGUACCACUACGAGCGCGUCGUCUCGCCGGGCAUCGACCUCUCGGGGCUGACGCUGCAGUCGGGCGGGCCCAGGCUGGUCAAAGACGAGUACACUGCGGGGCAGCCGGGAGGCGGCAUCGACCUGGAGGGCAUCGAGGGCAUCUCGCAGACGGUGCAGCACCAUCCGCCGCAGCAGGGCUUCGGAAUGCAGGCGAUGCAGCCGGCCUCGACGAGUGAUCCAGGAAUGUUUAACUCGUCGAAUAGGCCCGUUCUGGGCUCGACGACUGUUCCCAAAGUGGAAGGAGGAUCGGAAUCCAGGUCGAAUUGGGUGCCUCAUAUGCACAUGCAUCGUCAAAACACAGUCUCUUCUACUAACCCAACACCAAUUCAUGUCAGCUCGUCUGAACAAUUCUACAAUGCACCACAGUCACAAGGAGUACCUGAUAGUAGAGCACAAGAAAGUGUCACACAAAAUUUGGCGGUCAAUUCUCCCGUCUCGCCGCAUCUCCAGCAGAACGGCAACAACGGCACCGUGUCAGGCGCCCAGGGCACCCCCGCCCCCACCAUGGGGGAGGCUUUCACGGGCGCGGGGGGCACUUGGACGGGCUCCAACACGCUCACCUACACGCAGUCGAUGCAGCCGCCGGACAACAGGAACCACCAUUCGCCAUACUGGAACCACAACUCCCCUAGUCAGAUAGGUUCCGAGGUGAUAGCAGGUCUGCUGUCGAAUCAGCCGGCCCCUGAGUACUGGUGCUCAGUGGCCUAUUUCGAGCUCGAUGCGCAAGUCGGGGAGACCUUCAAGGUGCCCUCGAACUGCCCCAACGUGACCAUCGACGGGUACGUCGACCCUUCGGGCGGCAACCGCUUCUGCCUCGGCGCCCUGAGCAACGUCCAUCGCACGGACCAGAGCGAACGCGCGCGCCUGCACAUCGGCAAGGGCGUGCAGCUCGACCUCAGGGGCGAGGGGGACGUGUGGCUCAGGUGCCUGAGCGACCACUCGGUCUUCGUGCAGAGCUACUACCUGGACAGGGAGGCGGGGCGGCAGCCGGGAGACGCGGUGCACAAGAUCUACCCUGCGGCGUACAUCAAGGUAUUCGACUUGCGCCAGUGCCACCACCAAAUGACAACGCAAGCUGCGACUGCUCAAGCGGCUGCAGCUGCACAAGCAGCUGCGGUAGCUGGGCAUAUUCCCGGUCCUCACUCUGUCGGAGGAAUUGCCCCAGCCAUAAGCCUCUCGGCGGCGACGGGCAUCGGCGUGGACGACCUGCGCCGUUUGUGCAUCCUGCGGCUGAGCUUCGUCAAGGGCUGGGGGCCCGAUUACCCGCGCCAGUCGAUCAAGGAGACGCCAUGCUGGAUCGAGGUACACCUACACAGGGCGCUGCAGCUGCUCGACGAGGUGCUGCACACGAUGCCGAUCGACGGGCCGAGAGGCAUCGAGUGAGGCGGAACGAGUGAGUUGGGCAUGCUUCCGAGAAUUGACGCGAAAUUGUGAUUUUUUUUUUCAACAGCCGGAACUACUAAACGAUAGGGAAGGUCAUGAAUGACACUAUUUAUUGAAGGGUAUACUUUUCUUCUUUGUACAAGGUUUGGCAAACAGUGCUACGGUCUCCACAGGUCUGUUGAGGAAAGGAAGUAUACAAGACUCUAAAUUUUACGAAAUAUUCUCAAACCUCAUUGUCAGAUUGAUCCAAUGAACUCAAUGUAAACACCUGGAAGGUACCCUCUGUGAACGACGAGGUGCUGCAAACGAUGCCGAUCGACGGGCCGAGAGGCAUCGAGUGAGGCGGAACGAGCGAAAUUGUGAUUUUUUUUCAACAGCCGGAACUACUAACGAUAGGGAAGGUCAUGAAUGACACUAUUUAUUGAAGGGUAUUCUUUUUUUUUUCAUUAUUCCAAAUUUUUUGGGAUUUUCUCUCCUCGUUUAUAUAAAAUUAAAAUAUGAAUAUUAUUCCAAUAUACGUGUAGUAAGGACAAAUCAGAUGAUUUGCCCCAAAAUGUUACUGCGUUUAAAGAAUUUGCCUACCAGAGAGCCUAAAAGAAAAAUUCACCAGCUUGUCAGUGACAAUUUUUUUUAGGCUCUCUGGUAGGAAUAGUUAUUUGUUUAACUAGGCAGCAAAGUAGUAAAUUUACUGCCGAGGCUGAAUUCAUAGCCGAGCUUAGCGAGGCUAGGAAUCCAGCUAAGGCAGUCAAUCUAAUUUGCUGACGAGUUGAACAUAUAAUUUUUUCUCCAAUUGUUCAUAAUGAUAUAUAUCUUUAUUUUUCCUGUAGUGUUCAAUUAAAAUAAAAUUUGAUAGAAAUCGCAGUUGUUGGAAUGGUUGGUUGCUAUGGAAAUGUCCAUAAUAAUUAUAGUUUGACAAUUCAUGAAAUUUCUGACAGUUGUGCGAAAAAAUAUCGGUAUAUUUAAAUUAUUAUAUAAUAGACAGUGAUAGCGACCUGGAAGUACUCACACCUCCAGAAAUAAGGGAGGUGGCAAAAAAUAGAGAGUUGAAUUUGUUGCCGGAGAAGUCUCGGAUGAAAUAUGAAGGAAAUUAUAAACGAUUUAUGGAUUAUUAAUUUUGCUGAUACAUAUCAAUCAGCAAAGUACCCAGUUUGCUACCUAGGCAGGAAAAGUAAUACUUUGCUGAUUGAGAUGUGUCAGCAAAAUUAAUAUUUGCUGCCACUCGGAGAAAAAAGUCUUUAAACGCAGUGACAUUUUGGGGAAAAUCAUCUGAUUGGUCCUUACUACACGUAUAUUGAAAUAAUAUUCAUAUUUUUAUUUUAUAGAAACGAGGAGAGAAAAUCUCAAAAAAAUUUGAAUAAUGAAUGUACCACCUCCUCGAUUAACCUACAGACAGUAAAAUUGUUUUUUUGUACAAGGUUUGGCAAACAGUGCGACGGUCUCCACAGGUCUGUUGGGGAAAGAAAUUCGAAGGGAGCAUACAAGACUCUAAAUUAUACGAAAUAUUCUCAAACCUCAUUGUCAGAUUGAUCCAAUGAACUCUGUGAACGACGAGUGAGGCAAAAAUAUUGUUCAGGCAACCCACAGUGUUAACGGAUACCUAUCUCUUUCUAUCUUAUGUUGGCUAAUGGGAAGCGCUUGUAUUAUUUGAAAUAUUUUCUCGUUUUUUUUUUUUAUUUAGGAGUAAACGUGAUUAAAUAUAAAUAUCUAUUUAGGAAAAAGGAUAAUGUUGCAAUCAAUUAUCAUUAAAAAAUUAUUAUAGAUUUUUUUAUUGACUUAGAAAUGAAAUUUCAUUUUAUUCUUACAGGAUUAGGAAGUCAAAUGAAUACAAAAUUGAAAUUAUAUAUUUUCAUUCAGAUGUCACAAUAUAUUGUACAGGGUGAGCGAAGCACAACGUCUCAGCAUUAUCAGAAGAAAAAGAAAAACGAUAGGAAAAAUUUGAAAAAAGGGUCUUGAAUGGUAUUGAGUACCUAAGGUCCAUUUUGAGCAUAAUUUCCAUAGGUUCCCAUUUGUCCAUCAGGUCACUGCCUACAAACAUUUCCCUAUUAGAAAUUAAAAAAAUAAAUUCAAUCGAUAAUCAGUGACACCUUGAAUCAGAGCUGAGACAUGUGUUUAGCUCAUCCUGUAAACUACUUUUACAGUACUUUUACAUACAUAAAAUCUAAUAGUUCUUGAAUAAAACAAGUUUCGACAGUUUUUGUCGAACUUGGGUCAUUUUCCAAUGUAACUCCAAAUUCGUCAUUCUACUAUGGUGAAACAUCCUACACUUGAAAUAUUUCAAGAACUAUAUUUUCCAAAAAUCUGAACAAUAUUCACUUACCCAUGGAAUGACAAUUUCCUUUUGUCUUGCUCGAUCUUGCAUCCAAAGGCGACACAAUAAAUCACCAUUGUUUAUCAAUAUGAAAUCACAAACCUUCUCAACAAUCAGUUCACACCAACAAAUUCAGUCCUUUUGAUGAAACAAAACAGGCCAGAUGAAGAUAUAUUUCACAUAACCAAAAACAAUGAGCUUAUGUCUUCUCUUUCUUGCCUGUUCAGAUGAGAGAAAAAAAUCUAAAGUACUCCAAUUACUAG